GCGAGGAGGAAGGAAAUGACUUCAUGAAUGAAUCAAGAUUAUAUGGAGAAUGUAAACGGCACAGUCAGCUGACCGAGGGCCGAAACGUGACACACAGGAACUGGAAGUACUUCACUGCAAAGAAAGCAGAGCACCUGAGGGCAGCAGCUGUGUGGGUUCAUAUCUCCAGUGUGUCCUUCUUCUCAGUGGUACAGUCAGAGCGGCGGGCAGUAAGGAGUGCCGCUGUGUUGACACUGGACUGAAACUGCAGUAAUGAUUCCCUUGAGCUCGGUUGCAUCACAGCACGUCUGCACUUCCUCUACGGUCUCUCUAGAGCGUGUUUGAGCACAUCUUUCCUCACUUCCUCAAAGUUCUCGCUGUGUUUGGGUGGGCGGGGCGAGCGCAGGUGACCCAUAAAGAGCUCGCUCGCUCAGCUCUUCUGUUUCAGUAGCUGUCCGCACACCCACAAUGGCAGUUGGUCUCCUAUUAUGGAUCCUCGCCCUCUGUGGCUCACUCGCUCCCUCAGGUAGCUACACACUACAUGGAGUCGAGAUAUAUGAGGUGGUUCGACCAGUCAGAGUGCAUGACCUUCAUAAGAGAGAUUUAGAGUCUUCCAGACCAGACAUGGUGAAAUAUGCCAUGACUCUUGGCGGCAAACACAUCGAGAUGCAUCUUGAGAAAAACGAAGAUUUAUUAACCCAGGACUACACUGAGACGCAUUACACGGACGACGGGACACAGGUCACAACCAAACCUAACGAAUUGGAUCUCUGCUACUAUCAGGGGAAGAUCGUGAAUGACAGCGGCUCAAUGGUCAGCGUGAGCACUUGUGAAGGGUUACGAGGUUAUUUCCAGACAGCAGAGCAGAGGUUUCUCAUUGAGCCACUGUCCAAAGAUGGAGAUGGUGACCACGCUGUGCUGAAGUACGAGGACGUGACCAACACCCCGUCAGUGUGUGGAGUCACCAACACCAGCUGGGAUGAAAACACUGGCGACUUUCCCCCUCGCAUCAGUAAAUCUCGAGCUCGCUUGUCUGGGCCAACAAUGUUCCAGCAGCAAAAAUACAAUGAACUCUUCGUGGUGGCAGACAACAGAAUGUAUCAGAAGGCGGACAGCGACAUGAACAAAGUGAGACAGAGGGUAUAUGAAAUCAUCAACUUCGUCAAUGCUGUGUAUAAACCAGUGAACACCUUCAUCGCUCUAAUUGGCCUGGAAAUAUGGACGGACUCUGAUAAGAUUGUAGUGACGGCCCCCGCUGGUGAGACCCUGGACAAAUUUACAUCCUGGAGGAACGACGUCCUGAUUAAGAGACAGCGCCAUGACAACGCUCAUCUAAUCACUGGCAUUGAUUUUGAAGGUGCGACGGUGGGGCUGGCUUUCAUCGGCACGCUGUGUUCAGGCCACUCUACCGGGGUCAUCCAGGACCAUAACCCACUUGCUAUAGCAGUGGGGGCGACCCUGUCCCACGAGAUGGGCCACAACCUGGGCAUGAACCACGACACCAGCUCUUGUGUCUGCACCGACUCCACCUGUAUCAUGGCUGCUGCUCUCAGCUACAACAUCCCCCGGCAAUUCAGCAGCUGCAGUGUUAACAGCCUGGAGCAGUACCUAAACUCCCGCAACCCCGAGUGCCUGCUCAAUAAACCCCAGCGAAAAGAGCUCCUCCAGCCAGCGUUCUGCGGAAACGGCUUCCUCGAGACCGGAGAGGAGUGCGACUGCGGAUCUGUGACGGAGUGCACUAACCCAUGCUGCAACGCUACCACCUGCAGGAUGACAGCGGGCUCCGUGUGUGCUGAUGGAGAGUGCUGUCGAGACUGCAAGAUCACCGAUGCUUCCCAUAUGUGCCGCCCCAAGCAUGAUGAGUGUGAUCUUCCAGAGUACUGCACUGGAGACUCAAACGUUUGCCCUGAGGAUGUCUUUGUCUUGAACGGGCUGCCCUGCAAAAAUGGAAAAGGCUACUGCUACAACGGCCAGUGCCCACAGAAGGAAGACCAGUGCAUCAAAAUGUGGGGUGCAGGUGCUGUGGUGGGAAGUGAUUGGUGUUACAGCCAGAACCAAAAGGGAUUGUACUAUGCCUACUGCGCACGACCCACCAACGACCAGUACAUAGGGUGCCAGAAAGAGGAUAAAAUGUGUGGAAAGCUUUUCUGCGAAAAUGGCCAGGACGAUCCAAACUAUGGCCGCUUUGUCAUGUUUAACAACUGCAAAGCCACCUUCUACGGUGACCGUGACAAUGACUUUGGUCAAGUUGACACUGGUACCAAGUGCGGUGAAGAGAAGGUGUGCAGUCAGAACCAGUGUGUGAGCUUAGAAGUUGCUUACAAGGCAACCAACUGCUCAGCCAAAUGCAAAGGACAUGGGGUGUGUAAUCACAAGCUGGAGUGCACCUGUGAACCUGGCUGGCUACCACCUGACUGCGAGAGGCAAGCUGGCAGUGGCUUGCCUAGAAAUGGAGUGAUAGCUAUUGUUGUAGUGAUCUGCAUCCUGCUGGGUGCCAUUCUCAUUGGGGUCGCCAUCUAUCUUAUGAAACGCAGGAAGAGGAGCCCACGUCAAAUUAGCAGUCAGAUACCGAAGAAAGAACCUACACCAGUCAACAACUCUUAUUUCAGCGCCCAAAGAGUAAAUCCUCCUCAGCAGAACUUGCCAAUACGUCCAAAAGGCCCUCCGCCACCUCCUCCUCCUAAGGGCAACAUCCCACCCAAAACCCUGCACACCGACUUCAGGGCAGCACACAAGGCACUUAGACCACCUCCUCCACCGAAGGCUUGAACUCUAAUCUCUGUGGAACUGCCGAAAAAA